AUGAAAAAGGCAAUAUCAACUAUUGACAAGGAUGCAGAACUAGCAGAACUCUCAUAUACUGCUGAUGGGCAGCACACGACAGUUUUGCCCUUUAUAUUAAUCGAGAUGAGGACAUCGCACCAUCAGUAUCCCAGCAGGAGCAGCGGACUCACGGCCAUAUGUAUCUUCUCUGUUGGCUAUAUAUUAUGGGUGUGCUGGGUGCAUCAUGUCACCGGCAUGUGGGUGUACCCUUUCCUGGAACACAUUGGCCCAGGAGCCAGAAUCAUCUUCUUUGGGUCUACAACCAUCUUAAUGAACUUUCUGUACCUGCUGGGAGAAGUCCUGAACAACUAUAUCUGGGACACACAAAGAAGUAUGGAAGAAGAGAAAGAGAAGCCUAAAUUGGAAUGAGAUCCAAGUCUAAACAGAAGAGCUGGACCAUUGAAGCCUCAUUCGCCUCUGGCAUUGGCAGUGCAGGAGAGAAAGCUUCAAAGGAAGUGAUGGCGUCAGCCCCCACCUCCCUGCCCCAGAGGGAGGACACCUUUUCUAUUAAAUAUGUACAAAAAUAGAUGACAGUUCUUUCCAAAGCAACUCACCCUCAUUGUGUUUGAAAGAAUUCUUUCCAAAUUCAUUAUGAUAACAUCUUUUUUUCCCUUUUCUAGUUUUGAAAUUAAAAUUGGUCUUUGGAUUUUCAUUUUUGCAAUUAUAACCCCAUUUAAUCAAGGAAGAGUAAGCUUUUCUUGUGUUUCUUGUUAAGAAAUAUGUUGAAGUCAGAGGGGCAGAUGUAGAGGAAUUCAUUCAUGUAGUUAGUCCUCAAGGUGGCUGGAAUAAUGAGCCAAGGCUGCGCUAAGGGCCCGAGAGGAAGCAGGAUAGAUGUUUCUAUUGCAAUAACACCACAAUUGCCUCAAAUGGGCAAUGUUAGUAAUAAUCACAUCAAUUUAGCCAAACCCUGAGUGCAUUUGGAUCUCCUGAUUUAAUCUUGUGAACUUUUCCUCGAUGCAAACUCUAACUUCAAUAAAGACCAAGCAACUCUGAACCUGAUGUCUGCUUGGUGCAUCUCAAAAUCCUAA